AUGCCGUGCGUGUGGGAGUGAAUUUUUAUAAAUCUGAAUCAGAAUAACUUGAUUCUAUCACCUUCACUUUUUCCACAUCAUCAAUUGCUUGUCUCUUCUACCAAGAUGACACCACCUUUCUAUCUCAUUUUCUCUUUAAUUAAGUCCUAUAUAUUUCCACUCAUUCUGUUAUUGAAGCCAGCCACAAUUGAAAAUAGACAGAGUAAGAACACAAAGAGAAGAAGAAGGAGAAGAAAAUGCAGGAUUGGGGGCCAGUUUUUGUGUCAGUGGUGCUCUUCAUUCUCCUCACUCCUGGGUUGCUGGUUCAGAUACCUGGCAGAAGCAGGGUCGUAGAAUUUGGCAACUUCCAAACUAGUGGAUUAUCCAUCCUGGUCCAUGCUGUUCUCUACUUUGCUUUUGUGUGCAUUUUCUUGCUAGCUGUUAGGAUCCACAUGUACACGGGAUAAUUCAUGAUCAUGAAAUGGAAUACAUACCCUGAAUCAGUGUGCACAUGUUGUGUCUGGGCUGGAUUGAACAAUGGUAUUUGAUGUGUUCUCGCUGUCUAUUUUUCUGUUUAUAAUUUUCAUGGAAUCAAGCUUCUGAAUUAGUGAUAAUCUAUUCAGUUUUUAGUCCUUCA